AUGACGACUUCGCUGGUUCUGCAUCCAUGCUGGGCGGACACGUUGAUGUACGUAUAUGAAAAAAGCCCGAAUGAAAAUAAUCAGAAUAAAAACCAAUCCAUGGAGGGACUAAGCGGAAAUUGUCCUGCUACUCACUGCAGGGAACUGAUCUCGCACUCGGCGUUGGGACGACACUCCGGCAGCCUAAGCCACCAGGGUUCUGUGUACUCGGACAUACCCUCCCAGGAUACAGGGCGACAUUGCCCCGCUACUCAGACUUCCUCCAGCGCCACCCUGGGUUAUGGCUACCCGUUCGGAAGCCCUUAUUACGGUUGUCGGUUGUCACACUCGCACAACGUUAACUUGCAGCAGAAGCCGUGCUCUUACCACCCUGCCGAGAAGUAUACAGAACCCAGCGCGGCGCUGCCCACGGAAGAGCUGUCAAGCAGGGCAAAGGAGUUCGCCUUUUACCCGAGUUUUGCCAGCUCGUACCAGACUGUCCCGGGUUACUUGGACGUGUCUGUGGUUCCCGGUAUCAGUGCGCACCCGGAACCGAGACAUGAGACUUUGAUUCCCAUGGAUGGCUAUCAGCACUGGGCUCUAUCUAAUGGCUGGGACGGACAGGUGUACUGUUCUAAAGAGCAAACACAGUCAACACAUCUCUGGAAAUCUCCAUUCCCAGGUAUGAAAACAUUUUCACUUUUAUUGAAAUGGACGGUUCAUGUAAUGUUUUAUAAUACCAAGUGGUUUUUACGUUUCACACUUGUCAGUGUUACCGGCACUACACUAAGACGAACAGGACCAAAAGUGUGUAUGUGUGUGUGCAGUGUUUCCCCUAUAUUCAUUUAGCAGUGGUGGCCUACCGCUGACAAAUUGUUGACACCGCUGCAAAAAAUGUCAUAAAAAUAAAUAAAUAUAUAUCUCUAAGAAAGGAUCGAAAUAUCCUGACAUACAUUUGCUUGUAUUUAUUUAUUCAUUUAUUUAUUUAUUAAAAACCCGUUUCCUUUGUAUAGCCUUGUCAUAUAAAACAGCUUAUGACUAUAACGCACUUGAAGUGCAUGAUACCACAGGGUAGUGGGUUUGUUUAUGUUCAUCUUUGCGUUCAAUUCCGGAGAAGAGACCAUUUUUCAAUAGCCGGAUAUGGGACUAGAAACAAUGCAAAAACAAUACCUUUGAUUUUAUAGUAGCCUACAAUGAGGUUUAUGGAUUGGAGCAGGGCACCGUUGCCCUCCCGGAUAAAAUAACAGAUAUUUGCUCAGUGCAGUAAAUCUAGUCACAACAGGGAGUGGUGCCUUGAAGCUCGCCAUUUUCACGCCUUGUGUUUAUUCUCAAUUUGCAAUUGCGAGCAUAUUUAUUUUCAGUUUUUCAAAUUCACUGUCAAAUCAAUGGUAAUCAAGGGUGACUCAAUUUAGGAUCGUUGAAGUGUGUGUGUGUGUGUGUGUGUGAGAGAGAGAGAGAUCCAAAUAAAUUAUCCAAAGGCUAUGGAUGCGUUGAGUCAAUUCAGGAAUAGAAAAAUGCAUUUUCAGUUUUGUUUACAUUUUAUAAGUAGCCUUAGAAACCUUUCAUGUAUAAAUUGUGUAGUUCAACCGAAUUGAUCCGUUAGUUAUGUGGUGACACUGCGUUAUAUAAACAGCAGAGAGACAAUGAGGCCGAUUGCCCCUAUUGAAUAGCACAUUCAAUUUCGGAAUACCACCUUGUUGACGAAUAGCUCAUGGAUUCCUAGAUUGAUUGGCUUAUCAUUCACAAUCUAGUAAACCGUUGACACACAUGACAUUUGGAGCUUGUAUGACUACUUGCCGUAGGCCAAUACAGUCAAUAGCCUAUUGUAAUAUAGUGUAGUAUUGGGGCUAUAUGCCCAUAACACAGAAUAUACCUACUGUGUUUGAACAGUAAAACAUUUUGAAAUAGACUGUACAGUUUUAUUUUUUAUUGUCCUUGGUUCGACUGUCCUAUUAACCAUUCCUAAUGUUGUUCAUGACCUCAUUAAAAUAGUCCUUUAUCUAAUCUCUGCUGUAGAUGCGCUCUUAAAUAAAACACGCUGAAAUAAAACUCAGUAGAAAUAAUAAAUAGGCUAUGAUAGGACUGUUAACAAACCAACCUACGGAGCUUGUGUGCACAUGCACAACGCAUCCGCAUGAUCAAAUUAAUGGGAUGUGAUGUCUUCUUAUAUAGCUCUAUCACAUCAAUUGAAGCUGCAUUCAAGUUUAAAAUCAUGGACUAUUAAUAUAGAUAGGAUUAGCUGCCCAGCCUAUUCCCAACCUAUUACAAGUUACAUUAUAAACUGGGUGGUUCGAGCCCUGAAUGCUGAUUGGCUGACCGCCAUGGUACUGUAUAUCAGACCGUAUACCACGGGUAUGAGAAAACAUUGAUUUGUACAGCUGUAAUUACGUUGGUAACCAGUUUAUAAUAGCAAUAAGGCACCUCGGGUGUUUGUGGUAUAUUGCCAACAUACCAAAGCUAAGGGCUGUAUGCAGGCACUCCGCAUUCUGUCGUGCUUAAGAACAGCCCUUAGCCUUGGUAUAUUCGCCAUAAACCACACCCCCACACCCCGAGGGGCCUUCUUGCUUAAUCAUAGCUCCAAUUCUUAUUAUUAAGGCUUAAUAUUCGCAGUGUUUUCCUGUCAGUAUGCCAAUUUCAUUUUUAUGCAUAGGUUACAUAUCUAUGUUUGGACUAAAUGGUCAUCAUGGUAUGCAUAGCCAGCAAGUCAGUAUUCAAUGUACAUCCAUGUCUGAGGACUUCGGGAGAUGUGCUUGGCAAGGCCUAAGUCAUUUCGACAUUUUAGAUGAUUCACUAUAUAUACAAAAGUAUGUGGACACCCCUUCAAAUUUCUGGAUUCGGCUAUUUCAGCCACACCCGUUGCUGACAGGUGUAUAAAAUCGACCACACAGCCAUGCAAUAUCCAGAGACAACAAUUGGCAGUAGAAUGGCCUUACUGAAGAGCUCAGUGACUUUCAACCUGGCACCGUCAUAGGAUGCCAUCUUUCCAACAAUUCAAUUUGUCAAAUUUCUGCACUGCUAGAGCUACCCCGGUCAACUGUAAGUUCUGUUAUUGUGAAGCGGAAACAUCUAGGAGCAACAAUGGCUCAGCUGCGAAGUGGUAGGUCACACAAGCUCACAGAACAGGACCGCUGAGUGCUGAAGCGCGUAAAAAUCGUCUGUCCUCAGUUGCAACACUCACGACCGACUUCCAAACUGCCCCUGGAAGCAACGUCAGGACAAGAACUGUUCAUCGGGAGCGUCAUGAAAUUGGUUUCCAUGGCCGAGCAGCCACACACAAGCCUAAGAUCACCAUGAGCAAUGCCAAGCAUCGGCUGGAAUGGUGUAAAGCUCGCCGCCAUUGGACUCUGGAGCAGUGGAAACGCGUUCUCUGCAGUGAUGAACCGCGCUUCACCAUCUGGAAGUCCGACGGACAAAUCUAGGUUUGGCGGAUGCCAGGAGAACGCUACCUGCCCCAAUGCAUAGUGCCAUCUGUAAAGUUUGGUGGAGGAGGAAUAAUGGCCUGUGGCUGUUUAUCAUGGUCCGGGCUAGGCCCCUUAGUUCCAGUGAAGGGAAGUCUUAACGCUACAGCAUACAAUGACAUUCUAGACGAUUCUGUGCUUCCAACUUUGUGGCAAGAGUUUGGGGAAGGCCCUUUCCUGUUUUAGCAUGACAAUGCCCCCAUGCACAAAGCGAGAUCCAUACAGAAAUGGUUUGUCAAGAUUGGUGUGGAAGAACUUGACUGGCCUGCACAGAGCCCUGACCUCAACCCUAUCGAACACCUUUGAGAUGAAUCGGAAUGCCAACUGCGAGCCAGGUCCACACACCUUUGGUCAUGAAGUGUAUAUUUUGACAUAACUAUACCAUAAUGACUGACAUCUAACCGUAGCCUACCUCAAACAUUUAGACCCAUCUUAAUAAAGUAGCCUAUAGCCCAGCCCUGCUCAAUCUACGUGGGACCAUGAACUUCACAAAAUGCAAUGAUUUAAAUGCAAUGCAUCAGAAUCCAGUGCUGGGUGCUUUCACAGUAUUCUGCCUGUAAUAAAAUCAAAUAAAAAAACGAUAUUUCCUAUUGUUUCUCCUCAUUUUCAAAUGUUGUAGGCUAACAGUUGUUGUUUUCUUUGCCUUCCUUUCAGUGUGUUAUGCCCUUCUUUUCUCAGAUGUCGUCCCUAUGCAACCAGAGGUCAGCAGCUACAGACGAGGCCGCAAAAAGCGGGUUCCUUACACCAAGAUCCAGCUGAAGGAGCUAGAGAAAGAGUAUGCAGCCAGCAAGUUCAUCACCAAAGACAAGAGACGUCGAAUAUCUGCCACUUCUAAUCUCUCCGAACGCCAGGUCACCAUCUGGUUCCAGAACCGGCGGGUGAAGGAGAAGAAAUUUGUCUGUAAAUCUAAAUCAAGCUCUCAUAUGCAUGCCACUUGAUUCAGUCCAAUCUCACUGGCAUGACAACUCAAAUACUUUUUUUUAUCACAGAAACGCUCAAUAUUUAUAUUGACAGAAUUCUCACCUAUGAUGCAUUGCAAAACACAAACUUAAUCUCACCUCCCUAUUUGGAAAUAAACUGGGGGGAAAUACAGAAGAUUUAAUGAAAACUGGUUGGAGCGAACGAUCACAUCCUUUCAGGAGCAUCAAAAGCAAUACCAGCAUUGUUAGUAUAGCCUCAGACCUAUAAAUUACGGACGUUUGUGGCUGAUAAAGUAAACUGAGGUCUUUGGAGAUUUCAUACAGUGAUCUUGUUCAGACAUUUUCAGGUAUUGGACGCAUCAAGAAUGAUCUCACUUUUCAAUGAUAUUGUAUAUGGCCGUUUUAGUUUGAUCCCAAGGUAAUGAGCAAGGUUGCUAUUGUCUAUUGUACAGUGCCAUGCAUAUUUAAGGUUGUCUCCUGUGACAGGGGUUGUAAAUUGCUACAGACUAUUUUAUGGUUCUCAUAUUUUGAUCAUUUUUGUCAGUGAAGGAUAUGUCUCUGUAAUGCAACUGGAAUGAUUGUAAUCAGUAUAAGAAUAUUAAAAAGUAUUGCAUAUUAAUGCAGAAUCUUUUACCAUUUUGUUUGUAUAGUGAGUUAAGUCUUAUUGCAUUUGGGCUGUGCAUUCCCAUUGUAAGCCGUUUUAUUCCUUUUAUUUGGUGCAGUAUUUGAACUGUGGUGUGGCGCUUGAUCGAAAUUUACUCAAUGGAAACAUGUUUCAUAAAUAAAUAAAUAUAACGAUC